GGAAGGUGUGAUGUCUGCAGACCUGCAAUCAAAAGCUCCGGGUCUCCAAUCCAAGUGGGAUUUUGAUGCUUUGGAUCCUGCAACCGUCAAGCGCUUGGAUCUGCUGGAGGUUGAAGGAGUCCCUUUGCUCAGCAAGGAUGCCCAGAACUGGGAUUCCCUGUGGGGCUUUCAAGCCCGGCCUGAUGACGUCCUCAUUUCUACUUAUCCCAAAGCAGGGACCACUUGGAUGCAGGAAAUCGUGGACAUGCUCCAGCAUGAAGGAGACCUGCAGAAGUGUGCUCGAGCCCCCAUCUACCAGAGGAUUCCCUUCAUAGAGUACUUCCGACACUAUCCCAUUGCCUCAGGGCUGCAACUGGCGGAGACCAUGCCUUCUCCACGCACACUCAAAACUCACCUUCCAGUCCAGCUCCUGCCCCCUUCCUUUUGGGAACAGAAGUGCAAGAUAAUUUAUGUGGCCAGAAACAUCAAGGACAAUGCUGUUUCCUAUUUCCACUUCCACCGCAUGGACCAUUUUCUUCCAGAGCCUGGGGAAUGGAACCAGUUUCUGGAGAAUUUCAUUGCUGGGAAGGUUGCUUGGGGCUCUUGGUUCGACCAUGUCCGUGGCUGGUGGGAGGCCAAGGAUCGCCAUCCAAUUCUGUACCUCCUCUAUGAAGACAUGAAAGAGAACCCUUCCCGGGAAAUCCAGAAAGUAGCCAAGUUUCUGGGCCUGGAGCUCCCAGAGUUAGUCUUAAACAAGAUUGUGCAACACACUGACUUCAAGUGCAUGAAAGCAAACCCAAUGGCUAAUUACAGCACAAUGCCUCCUGUCAUUAUGGAUCACGGCAUAUCUCCUUUCCUGAGAAAAGGCACCGUUGGAGAUUGGAAGGAGCACUUCACGGUGGCACAGAGUGAACGGCUGGAUGACAUCUACGCUCGGGAAAUGGAGGGCAGCGGCCUGACCUUCCGCACUCAGCUGUAA